CCGCAGUGCAAGCACCCCAAGCUACCAGACCGACCCCACCAACAAACAUAUAUUGGUCCGCCACACGAGCACUCACUCGCCAUGACAUCGCGGAUAACAUCGCCGGCUCUUCUCGAGCCGUACCUCGGACUCCCCGAGGAGGCCGCUCUGGUGGUGAUCACGGGGGUCCUCGGGGCCAGCACCAACUGGCUGGUGCUGCGGUACCUGCACUCGCUGCUCAAGCCGGCGCCGCGAGCGCGACCACCAACACGUGCGCCGACAGGAGGCGCUGACGACACUACCACCACUAGGCACCAUUUUCCCGGAGAGCCACGGACCGAGCAGGAUGGCGACGGCGAGGGCGAAGUAUGUGUUGUGCUGGUUAGCUUCCUGCGGGACUUCACGUUCUGGAAGGAAAGCGCUGGGCGUCUUGGGCUGGACCUUGACGGGCUAGUGCGGCGAGGUCGGCUUGGGUUUGUGGAUGGUCUCAGCGGGCUGUUUUCUCCAGUCGCCGCCGCCGCAGUAAUACACUCCGGUGGCCGCACGGCUCAGAGCAGCGGCGUAAGCGCUACUCUCACAAGUCCUCUGAUCGCGGAUGUUGGUAGAGUCCUCCACGCCGCCGUGGACGAACUACAGGCCAAAGCAGCAACGGCUUUGAGUGACAAUGGGACGGGCAACGUAAAGCCAAGAGUCGUGCUCGUGGUUGACCAACUGGACUUCUUGCUCGCCGCUAGAGCAGAGAGCAGUGCUUCGGGCCAGGACCUACAAAAUAUACUUCUUGACUUGAGAGAGAAAGUUCAUGCAACAGUCCUCACCCUGUCUGCAGACGAGCCGCUCGUGGUCUCGCAGACAACCGCGUUGGAGAAGGAACACGUAGCCUUUAUCUUGUCCUUGGCGCAUGAGGCUUGGGCGGUGCUCAGUCUGAGGCUCCUGGACACGGGUGUUGCAAAGGAUGUCAGUGGUGUCGUGCGGAUCACUCCCGGCGGGGAUGAUUCUGGCAAAAAGGUAGACGAAAAGGAAUUUCUAUAUCAUGUAGGAGGGGAUGGGGGCGUUAGGGUGUUUGAACGAGGUCAAUAG